UUGCCGAGUGUUAAAACAGAUUUUGUAAUUUCACGAUCAACAAAUACAAUAACAAGGUGUAUUAUAUACUGUUCAGUAUGUAAAUGAGAAUACUGCGACUGUCAUUUUCCUAGUGCUACAGCUUGAGCGCCUCAACAGUCUGAACUGUUCAAGAUGGCUGACUUACAGGCAGCGUUGGAGUUCGCCGUUGAACUUACAAAGUUUCACAAUAUCGAUUUGUUUCAAAGAGGGUACUACCAUGUUAGAUGCUCAAUCAAAGGAGGUCCUAAAACAACUCUUAUAUCGGAGGCCAUCAUCGUCAAACCUUCAGAGGGCUCCAACAAUUUGUCCGCCUACACCUGUAAGAAUGUGGGCGUGUCCAGAACGUUUCCGAUCAUGUAUAAGAGGGAGGAGGUGGAGCUCCAUGACGUCAAACUGUUUAAGGUCUACCUUCUUGUGGACAGCCACAGGAUUGAAGAAUCGUUACAUGAUGCCAGUAUUCAGCUGAGUGUGGACCUUCACUUCUCUGGCAGUGAAGAAGUGCCGGGAACACCAGAGGCAAUGGAGAUGAUCAGCAGUCGAACCUUGAAGCUAAAUCUAAACGGAUCCGAUGGCCUCCACAGUCACGUUCCUCUACUCUUUGAUUACUUUCAUCUCUCGGCGGUUUCCAUGACGAUACAUGGAUCCUUACUUGGACUCCAUCAAGCAACCUUUGGUGUACCCAAGCCCGUCAAGACUGGAUGGCUGCAUAGAAUCUCAGGGUCACCGACUAAGCAGCCUCCGAUACCUACCCUAGAAGCUGUCCUCUUUGGUCCAUCAGGAAAACCCCCUCUAUCAGGCGCAUCGAAUGAUAAAUACACUGUUGCACCAGAAAGGAUCGGCCAUGCAUAUCAAGUGUACCGCAGCAUGUGCGCUGCGCUCCUACAGACGAGAUUUGCGCUAUGUCAAGCGUUUAAUGAACUCGGCAAACAGCUGCCAAAAGAACAGCAGUUUACAUUAGAAUGCUCUGACCUAGAUGAGAAACUUCAGAUCAUGUGUGAAUCGUUUCAGAGAUUGACCAAUCAGGAGGAGAUGAUGGAAUCUGUGAAUACCAAUAUAUCACAGCUAUCUGGAGAGUUGUGUUUAAUCUGGGCUCAGUUCAUUGAAGUCAUGGUUAAAAAUGGUUACAUCACAAAUCAUCUAAGAGCAUUAUACCACCAGGCAAGGGUGCAACGUUUCGCUGAGGGAUUCUUUACCAUAGACAACCCUAAACAGUCAGCAGCCGCAUUCCAUGAGAUCAGCUGCCAGGGAUAUUCGUACAUCGGCCAAGCUAUUCGUAAUUCCCUCUACUAUGCGUCCCUACCCAGGCUGCCACUAGAGUGUACGGACACGGACGGAGACCCUCAGACGAUACCUAUCAUCUUUGAGGAUCGAUACCUAGACUCGGUAGCUACGGAAGAAGUUCUGAAUCUGAGUAUUGAUGAAAUUGCCCAAUCUAUUCGAACCCUGUCAAGAGCACCCUCUCCCAGGGAUCCUCACAUAAACGAACCCUCAUCGCCCAGAGAAAAGAGCCCCACAGUUAAGUCAAGCAGCAAUCCAAACUCACCACGACAUAAGAAACACUCCAAGCAAAAGUCAAAGACCAAGAACAGUCUACGCUCCUCAAAGAGCAGCAAAUCCAGCAGUCUACGCCACGGCCUUGGCGCCCAGACUAGUAGAGGGACGGCAGUGCUGCGAGACUUCAGCAAAUAUGAAAUAACGGAUACUCAGCCUUCGGUUAGUGAGUUACUGGCAGCCUCGGAGGACCCUGAUGCACCUAAGGAAAGAAGAAUUGUGUCUUCGUAUUCCUCAUUACCAAGCUUAAGUAGGACUUCCUCUUUGAAUAAUCCAACAGGGGGAGCUACCGCAGAGCUCACACAUAGCAAUAAGAGAGAGGGUUACGUCAAGACUCGGGCCUUGUCCACCCCGGAGUAUGCCUACUCCUCACUAGCCUCUCAACCGAUGCAAGGUCCUUACUUCCAGAACCAGGAUCCGUUCAUCGAAGGCAGUGAGAGCUCAGGGAUUGUUGGCAGCUCCGAUGUCUUGGAGCGGACGAGCUUCACCGAGACGAACGGGGAGGUAUACGCAAACGGAUAUGAAGAGUCUGAUGAAGACCCAGACGCCAGAAUCAGCUCAGAGGAUGAUUCAGCGAGUAGAGAGGCGGCCGUCCGAGCAGCGGAGAUCGACUUCUCGUUUGUGGAAAGCAUAGACCAGUUGAAUGGAAACGACAACAGGGAAGACACCACUGACCUGGAUGACUUACCGAGCAUCCAAUUGUGUGUCGCUGCAAACGAGGAACCGAUAUCGUUAGAGAACUCGCAGCUACGGUUCCUGGACACUGACUCCGGCAUGGAAUCAGAUUCUGCAUCGUCGAGGAAAAACUCUGACACUGCUCAAACUACGGGACAGAUAAAUCUCCCUGCGGAAAACGCUAACUUAUCAACAACUGCAAUAACCUCCGAGGAUGGAAAAGUCAAGGAUUUACCAGUGGAUGUACAGACUGUAGAGAAACAAUCAACACCACAAGAGAGUGAACCAGCACAACUCCAACUCAGCUCAACGCCUGUGGUGAGUCCACUAACGAGCGCUCCUAGUAGUGCCGUAGGAGCGCCCUCUGUUGGUAGAACUAGCCCGAGUGGCAACAGCACGUUUUCAUCGAAUAACAGCUUGGAGGAUUCCAAGCAGGGCCACGCCUUGUGUGACUGUAACUCUGUUCAUCUCGUGCCUUCUAAGAUGAACACAUGCAUUGGGUGCUUCUCGUUUAUCCAUCAUAGUAGCUCAGGGUCCUCUGGGAAUGGAAUGGCGGAGGCGUGUAUUGUGAAACCUGCCCUCACACACCAGCCGACAGCCAGUGCCACCGUUUCAGAUGCCGUAGCUGUUGGGCAGAGCCACAAUGGUGACGGUGUGGCAUCGUCUAGCCGGCAGACUGAUCUAGUCAGGUCAUUGUACCAGUUAUCACAAGCGAGUUUUGCCAUGGCCAAGAAAGACUUCAAGAGUAAACUGAGAUUUACCGGCAAACUUUACAGUGAUUUACCGCUGAAGGCCUCCACUAAGCCUUACUUCAGUGUACCUGAAGCUCCAAUGGAACCUGAAGAAGAAGAAUUAGGAUUAGAGGUUCAUUUGGUGGUAUGCGUUCACGGACUAGACGGUAACCGUGCUGACCUGAGACUACUAAGAACGUAUCUUGAGCUGGGUCUUCCCGGAGAGAGAUUUGACUUCUUGAUGUCCGAGAGUAACCAGGGAGACACCUUUGCUGAUUUUGAGACGAUGACAGACCGUCUUGUUAAAGAGAUCAUCAUGUACAUCGAGGUCUUCAGGAUAAGACCCAAGAAACUAAGUUUUAUUGGUCACUCACUUGGGACAAUCAUCAUCCGGUCAGCGUUGACGAGACCUCAGCUUGAGCCUUAUAUCGGUAGAAUGUACACCUUCCUAUCACUCUCUGGUCCCCACCUGGGCCAACUCUAUAACAGCAGUACUAUUGUUAACACAGGCAUGUGGCUAAUGCAGAAAUGGAAGAAGUCCAGUUCUUUGUUACAACUCGCCUUCAAGGACCAUUCGGACAUGCGUCAGACAUUCCUCUACAAACUCAGCAUAUCUCCAGGACUAAGUUUCUUCAAGAACGUUGUACUGGUCGGGUCGUUACAGGACCGCUAUGUUCCCAUCCAUUCAGCCAGGAUUGAGCUUUGCAGACAAGCUGUAAAGGACAAGUCACUCAUAGGAUUGGUAUACAACGAGAUGAUCAGCAACCUCCUUCAACCAGUCAUCCAGAAUCCUGACUCGACGCUCAUCCGCUACGACGUCAACCACACUCUCAGCACCUCCGCUAAUACGCUGAUCGGCCGAGCGGCUCACAUUGCAUUCCUUGACUCGGAGCUCUUCAUCGAGAAGUUCAUGGUGGUCUCCGCUCUAAAUUACUUCAAGUAAUCGGUAGUGAGGUGUCGUGAGUAGGAAACUUUUGUCCAUGCUUUAAUUUGUUUCAAAACUUUUUGUGGUCAGAUUCAGUUCAGGGAAAAGGAUUCAUGUUGUACACUUUGAUUUAAAGUGCAAUUCUUCUCUAUGCAUUGAAGUCAUAUCUGGCAUUGUUUCUUUUUCCUCCAUACAUUAGGGUGUUUUAAAGGCACAGGACACCUUUGGUAACUGUCAAAGACCAGUGUUCUCACUUGGUGUAGCCCAACGUAUGCAUAAAAUAAAUAAAAUAAAAAUAAUUUUUCCAAAACAUAAAGUCCUGAAGAAAAAUGACAAUAUAUUAUGCGACUCUUUUCUACCUCUCUCGCUUAAACAGGUUAAACAUGGCUUUUCUUCAAAACACUCCCAGCCCAAAAAUUGGAAAAAAACACAAGGUCAAACCAACCAUGCGCCAAAGGACUCGGGAUGUCAUUGGUGGCUAGGUAGUUUGGUAGUAUGUCAAUGUAGAGAGCUAAAUAUAAACAUUGCAAUCAGUACAGUCAAAAAUGUGACUUGGCCAUAAAAAAGUAAUCAUUGAAAUAUUGAGAGUAUCCAAGAACCGCUCUUUAAUCCUCUUGCUGUUUAUCAGAUGGGUGCAAUGGACUUAAUCGUUUUCAAGGACAGUGGAGCUUAAUUGCUCAAUGUCUUAUCAAGAUAUUAGAAAGCCCCAGUAAUUUUGGCCAGAAUGUUGACUGAUAAAAUGCUUAGGGUUAAGCCUAUUGCCCUGGUCUUUAAUGCAAUGAACAAUCACAGAUAACUGCGCCCCAAAAAUCUAGAUUAUGUAAAGAAGCUUUAAACACCUGCAGCCGAUUUCACGAAACCCUAGGAUUAAUCCUUACUCGAGUUAAGACGAGUAAC